UAAGAAAAAAAUGGUGUGAUAAAGAAAAGUAAAUUAUGUGGACAAAAUGAUCUCUUAGCCUAAGAAAUAAGAAUAACAUAAGCAGAGACAUUAAAUCUUUUACUCAUUCCAGCAAACAAAGAGAAAUGGCUUAUGCUGCUAUCUCUUCACUUGUGUAUACAUUGGAACAACUCUUCAAACCUAAUCAAUCGUUCCUUUGUCCAUGCUCUACACAACAAUAUGUUCAAUCUCUCUAUCAAAAUCUUUCUGCUCUGCAACUUUUCCUUGACAAUACAACCACAAAGGAUAUUGAAACUCUUAAGCUUGUAGAAAAGAGGAUCAGAGAUGUAAUAUGCAAAGCAGAAGAUAAGGUUGAUUCAAGUCUAAGAAACAUCAUUCUAGCAGAUUGCGGAGAGAAGAGAGAAGGGGCUGCUAAAUUCUUCGAGGAAGAGUUGCUAAAAGUGGAAAAAGAUGUUGAUUCUCUCAGGAAAGAGGUGAUGGUAGUUGAGUUUAGCAAGCAUGGAAGAAAAUGUGCAGAAUUAGCAACAACUCCUUCCUCACCAGAAAAAAGUACAAUUGAGGAAAAUACUAUUGUUGGGAUGGAGGAUGACUUCAACAUCAUAUUUGAUCGCGUCACUGCCCAAACAGACGAGUUAACUGUCAUACCAAUUUUUGAUAUGGGCAGUAUAGGUAAGACAACUCUUGCUAGAAAAAUUUACGAUGAUUCAUAUAUUCGCUCUCGAUUUGAUAAACAUGCAUGGGUCACUAUCUCUGAAGAAUACAAUCAGAGACAAAUGCUUCUUGAAGUUGCCUCUUCGAUUACCGAAAGCAAUCAAGAAAUGAGUGAUGAUCAAUUAAUGGAGUUUGUGUACAGAGGUCUGAAGGGUAGGAGAUUUCUAAUUGUCAUAGAUGAUAUUUGGAGUACUGAGGCAUGGGACCUAAUGCAAACAAUAUGUCCAAAUGAUGACAAUAAAAGCCGAAUUCUAUUAACUACUCGGCUCAAGUAUGUUGCUGAUUAUGUCAACUGCCCUGAUUUUCCGCCUCAUAGUAAGUCUUUGCUAAGUCGAGAUGAUAGUUGGAAUCUAUUCAUCGAAAGACUAUUCAAAAAAGAUUUGUGUCCUCCUUUACUUGUAGAAAUAGGGAAGCACAUUGUACAACAAUGUCAAGGAUUACCUCUCUCGAUUGUUGUCGUAGCUGGACUUCUUGGAAAAAUGGACUUAACGCAUGACAAUUGGAAGAAGGUUGAGGAAAAUCUGAACUCAUUCUUUGGUACGGUAUCCGAACGAUGCCAAUCAAUUCUUUCUUUGAGCUACAAUUACUUGCCACAAUAUUUGAAGGCUUGUUUUCUCUAUGUUGGAGGUUUUCCAGAAGACAGAUGUAUUAAUGUUUCCAGGUUGAUUAGGCUAUGGAUUGCAGAGCAAUUCAUAAAGGCAAGAAGCAAUAAAAGAUUAGAAGUGGUGGCGGAGGAGUAUCUACAAGAGUUAAUUGACAGAAGUCUAAUAAUGACCGGAGAACAAAAGGUUAAUGGAAGGAUGAAAUUUUGCAAAAUUCGUGAUCUUCUUCGCCAAUUGUGCCUAAGUGAAGCUGAUCAUACCGAAAAUGUUGUGCAUGUCAUGAAUGGGGAUGUUCUCCAACGGAGAUAUGAUCAACAUGGAGUGAUCUUUCUGUCUAAAGUCAAAGAUAAGCAUGAUGAUCGUCCAGUACGUAAAAUUGGUACAAUCCGUACCUUUAUUUCAAUUAAUAUGGGAGAAAACGGGAUUUAUUCCCGUGUUUCAGAGUUCAAGUUUCUUAAGGUGUUGGAUGUAUUAUCAGUUUGGUUAGAUUUCUCUCUGGUAAUACCCGAGCUUGUACAUUUGAGAUAUGUUGCUGCAACAAUUGGAGAUUGUCUUUCAUUAGCCAAAUUGAGAAAUCUACAGACCAUAAUUCUUCGAAAAACUCCCAGACUUUUAAUAAAGAAUUCAAGAGAGUUGAAGCAGCCAAUAGAUAUUUGGAGAAUGACAGAGAUAAGACAUGCGAAUAUUGAUUGCCCACUAUAUAUAUCAAAUCCUCUUGAAACAGAACAACCUUUGUGCCUUCUGUAUAACUUGCAAACACUUUAUCUCUAUAACUCUCCUUUUGUUGCGGAAAUCAUAACAAGAACUCCCAAUCUAAAAAAACUAACGAUUUCAGAUGAUUCUGAGCAUUGCAAUGUUCUUGAUUCUCUCAGUCUUGUACAGGAUCUGGAGACACUACACAUAAGAACAGUCCGGAUGAAUUUUUCUGUAGACAUUUUCCCUCCUAAUCUUAAGAAAUUGAGAUUAUCAUACACUAGAUUACCAUGGGAAAUUAUGAAAUUGCUGGCUAAUUUACCGAAUCUUGAUGUUUGUUUGACGUAUCUAAAUACUCUGCCCUUCAUCUAUGCAUAUACCUUUUUUCUUAUUCUAUGUAUUUGUUUACUAGUCUACAUCAUGUAUGUUGUACGUGUGUAUCGUAUAUAUUGUAUACGAUGUUGUAAAAUAGAAUUGAUAUUAAUAAAUUAA